ACCCUCAGCCACCAGCAUCUACAGAUUCCUCCCAAACUCACCUACAGCACGGGCAUCCGAUAAGACCUGCGCGGAAACACACACUCUCUCUCUCUCUCUCUCUCUCUCUCUCUCGUGUGUGUGUGUGUGUCAGGCACUGAAGUGAAAGUCGGGAUAGUCCAAACAGAGCGCUUCACUUCGUUACAUUCAGACUGAGAACAGGAAAACACGACACACUCCAUACCAACGCUACUGAGUUUAAAUCUGUUGUGAAGAGUGUGAGGGACGGGAUUUAAGGAAUUAAGCUUCACUUUGGAGAUUUGGUCCAGUCUGAAGAGUUUUUGUGGAUUUUUUUUUUGCGUCUGGUGAAGUUUGAGGAUGCGCGUCUCGAUCCUGCUGCUUCUCUGCGCUCUUUCCGCAGGAGACGCGCACAAGCUGUCCGCGCUCACGUUUCUGCGUGUUGAACAGGAUAAAGAAUGCAACACGGAUUGCUCUGGAGCUCCUCGCAAGCCGCUGUGUGCAUCAGAUGGACGGACCUUCAGUUCCCGCUGCGAGUUCCACCGCGCCAAGUGCCGCGACCCUCAGCUGGAGGUCAUUCGAGGGCCAUGCAAAGAUACGUCUAGGUGUGUGGCAGAAAAGAAGUACACAGAGCAACAGGCCAAGAAACUCUUUCCACAGGUGUUUGUACCUGUCUGCAAUCCAGAUGGAACCUACAGUGAGGUUCAGUGCCACAGUUACACUGGUUAUUGCUGGUGUGUAACACCAAAUGGCAGGCCAAUCAGUGGCUCAGCAGUAGCCAACAAGAAACCUCGAUGCCAAGGGUCCAAAAUUGAUAAGGUAAAUCCAAGGGAACCAGGAAAAUCAGUUUCCUUGCAAAUCUUCUCCAUUCUAAAUGCAGAUGAAUUGGCUGCUCCCAUAGUGGAACCCCAGCCGUCUACCGAUGAGGAAGACAUCAUCUCCCAGUACCCUACACUGUGGACAGAACAGGUCCGUAGCCGGCAAAACAGGACAAGAACACAAUCGGCCUCGUGCGAUCAGGAGCAGCUGUCGGCGCAGGAAGAGGCAAGACAACAUAAAAACGAAGCAGUUUUUGUGCCUGAUUGCGCUCAUGGAGGCCUAUACAAACCUGUCCAGUGCCAUCCCUCUACUGGGUACUGUUGGUGUGUCCUGGUGGAUACUGGGCGGCCCAUUCCAGGCACAUCCACCAGAUACGAACAACCAAAAUGUGAUGGAAAUGCCAGAGCACAUCCCACCAAACCAAAGGACCAUUACAGGAGCAGACACCUGCAGGGAUGUCCUGGGGAAAAGAAGACAGAAUUUCUGACGAGCAUACUGGAUGCAUUGUCCACGGACAUGGUCCAUGCAGUAACUGACCCGGCGGCUGCUGGCAGGAUGUUGGAGCCUGACCCCAGUCACACUCUGGAAGAACGAGUUGUUCACUGGUAUUUCAGCCAGCUUGACAAAAAUUCAAGUGGUGACAUUGGAAAGAAAGAAAUCAAACCAUUCAAACGGUUACUGCGCAAGAAAUCUAAACCAAAAAAGUGUGUAAAGAAGUUUGUGGAGUACUGCGACAUCAAUAACGAUAAGGCUCUGUCACUGCAAGAACUGAUGGGCUGUUUGGGGGUCACUAAGGAAGAAGGGGCAAAAACAGGUGAAGGCACAACCUCUAGUAAACUGAACCUGGCAAAGAAACAAGGCUGAAGUCGCUGAGAUCGGAUUGCACCAGCUAUUGUCCCGCAGACCACACUCCCACCAAAACGACAACGGAAACCAUAGUCUUUGCACUUUGUACUUUAAAACAAUGUAAAUUCACUUUGUAGAAAAAAAGGUAUUUAAACAGACUGCUGAAUAUUUGAAUGAUAUAGUUAGCAUUUGUAUGUCCUUACAACAACAGCAAAAAUAGUAAUAAUAAUUAUUAACACAUACAAUGUAUGUGUCCUUUGUGCACUCGAAAAAAAUAUUUUUGCAUUUUUUUUUUUAGAAUUGCACAUUUCAGUUUCAUAACAAAACUCCUUUAAAUUAAAUUGUGUCAAGUUUAAUUAAAUUAAAUUAAGAAAACUUAAAAUAUUUAUGUUUUUUAUUUUAUUUUAUUUAAGAUUACUCAAUUCAGUUUGAUGGCAUUUUGUAAUGACAUUGAAAUGUGUAAAUCUUAAAAUAAUUUUUUGGAGUGAGAGUCUAAAAUACGUAUACUUUUCUAACUUGUACAAGUUGUAUGACGUUGCAUUUGUUAAGGCCAUCUUUGUUGUUCUGUUACAUAUUUUGUUUGUCUUUUCUUUUGCUAACAUCAGAAUAGUUUGUAAUGUAUCUAAACUGAAUUUUAGAAGCCUCGUUUUAGUUUUAGUUUUUUUUUUUAAGUACCAAAACCCAACUACUGUGCCACACAUGGAAUGGGAUACAUAUUGUUUUGCUGAAACUGCGUCAUGAUGAUUAGAAAU